UGCAGAACACAGGUCGCCAAAUGGGUGCAUGGUCACAGAUAAUAGUGGGGAGUGGUCUCAUGGUGCCUCAACCUGCCCAUCAAAAGUGGUGUUUAGGGGCAGGCGUUUGGGUCGAGGACUGGGAGCCCAAAGGCUUUCACUUGGAGAACUUUUCCUUUUUCCUCUGGGGCUCAUAGUUCCGUUGUGAUGGGAAUUGGGACGAAUAAGGCCUUUGUUGGUACUGAUAGCUAAAAUGUCUCUUUUGCCCCAAUGUGUAGAUUCCCAGUGACCUGAGAGUGGCCCUGGAAUCCUUUGAGGGGAGAGAGGUGUCAGUCUUCUCGGCAACGAGGUUCACACCCUCAAAGGGGAAGUCCUCCACCAUAGUCUGCAUCUCCUUCAGGAAUCCCAAGAGGUGGAAUUUUCUUUUGAUUUCAUUCCAUGGAGAACUCACAAUUUCCAGGAUCCAGGAGAUAAGACUAUUUUAUCUUUUCCUACAGAUAGCUUGGAUCUUUAUGAGAUACAAUUAUGUGGCCUCCACAGUCUCUUCCAUAAAGCCAAUCUUAUUCCACAGCCUAAGCUGAUGGAUUGGAGAAGCAAGAAAAAAUAUAAGUUUUCCUCUCACAUAUUGGAGAUGGUGACCUUGGAAACAUGGUUCAGACACUGGACUCCAAUAGUUAUGCUUACAGUCCCACUUGGCUCUCCUUUUUUGUUUGAUAUGCCUAGAGGAAUCAAAACAUUUCUACACUGGGAUGGAGCUUGUUAAAUUUUUAGAUUUGGACUGCAAGCAACAGCGCUGUUAAUAAAAGCCAUGGAAUCAGGAUCUCUCUUACCCAUAGGAACCCCAAUUUAUCUGCACAUUCAGGAAGUGAAGAUGAUUUCACAUUUCUCAGUGGAUUGGAAACUGUGGUGCAUAGCAAGGAGAAAGACAGGCCCUGGAAAGAAGAAAGUAGGAUAGACUGCUGUCUAUGGCAAGACACUGCUCAAUGAAUUAGGGUGUAAAUUAAUGCUGACCCUGACAAAAAUAGAUACAAGGAAUCACUUCAACUGCCAGUGAAAUGCGGCCACUAGAUGGAAUGAGGCAGCUGUGUAACAAUGCACAGCAGAACUGCACAAUUCAGGACAGGAAGUGAAGACUAGUAUUGAAUCCAACUAAGGCCUGGUCUACACUACGACUUUAGGUCGAAUUUAGCAGCGUUACCUUGAUUUAAGCCUGGACCCGUACAUACGACAAAGCCCUUUUUUUUUACUUUAAGGGCUCUUUAAAUCAAUUUCUUUACUCAACCUCCGACAAGGGGAUUAGCGCUGAAAUCGGCUUUGCCGGGUUGAAUUGGCGUAGCGUGCAUGCAAUUUGACGGUAUUGGCCUCCGGGAGCUAUCCCAGAGUGCUCCAUUGUGACCACUCUGGACAGCGCUCUCAACUCAGAUGCAUUGGCCAGGUAGGCAGGAAAAGGCCCAUGAACUUUUGAAUCUCAUUUCCUGUUUGGCCAGCGUGGCAAGGUGCAGGUGAGCGCAGAUCUCAUCAGCAGAGGUAACCAUGAUGGAGUCCCAGGAUUGCAAAAGAGCUCCAGCAUGGACCAAAAGGGAGGUAUGGGAUCUGCUCGCCAUAUGGGGAGACGAAUCCAUGCUAGCUGAACUCCGUUCCAAUAAACGAAAUGCCAGAACAUUAGAAAAAGUCUCAAAGGACAUGAAGGACAGAGGCCAUAAUAGGGAUGCAUAACAGUGCCGCGUGAAAAUUAAGGAGCUAAGACAAGCCUACCACAAAACCAGAGAGGCAAAUGGAAGGUCUGGGGCAGAGCCACAGAUGUGCCGCUUCUACGCUGAGCUGCAUGUCGUGCUAGGUGUUGCAGCCACCACUACCCCAACCCUGUGCUUUGACUCCGUCAAUGGAGAAUCACGCAACAAGGAAGCGGGUUUUGGGGAUGAGGAGGAUGAUGACGAUGAAGACACUGAAGAUAGUUCACAGCAAGGAAGCAGAGAAACCGGUUUUCCCAACAGCCAAAGGUAUGUUUCUCACCCUGGACCUGGAGCCAGUACCCCCCAAACCCACCCAAGGCAUGCUCACAGACCCUGUAGGCGGAGAAGGGACCUCUGCAGCUGCAAAUGUUUCGCCUUCGAAGAGGCUAGUGAAGAUUAGAAGGCGAAAAAAACGCACUCAGGAUGAGAUGUUCUCAGAGCUACUGCUGUCCUCCCACACUGACAGAGCACAUCAGAAUGCAUGGAGGCAGACGAUGUCAGAGUGCAGGAAAACACAACAGGAACACGAGGAGAGCUGGCGGGCUGAAGAGGAUAGGUGGCCUCAGCUUGCUGACAGAAGGCAAGAGUUGAUGCUCUGGCUGCUGGAACAUCAAACUGAUAUGCUCCAGCGUAUGGUUGAGCUGCAGGAAAGGCAGCAGGAGCACAGACCACCACUACAGCACCUGUGUAACCAACUGCCCUCCUCCCCAAGUUCCAUAGCCUCCUCACCCAGACGCCCAAGAACGCGGUGGGGAGGGCCUCCGGCCACCCAGCCACUCCACCCCAGAGGAUUGCCCAAGCAACAGAAGGCUGGCCUUCAAAUAAGUUUUAAAGUUUUUAAGUUUAAGUUUUAAAGUGCAGCAUGGCCUUGUCCU